GGAGAAGCGCAUCUCUCACAUCCACCGGCGCUUCUUUCCAGGCGGAGUGGUGCGGCAGCUGGCGGUGCCGCGGAGGGACACCACACCAUUAAAAAGGCAGCAGUGCGGCUUCUUAAUUUUUUGCCGGCUUUAUCGCAACUACCAAGAGCAGAGCACGAGACCGGCAUCCCUGCGAAAUGCACUGUCUCGCCGUCGAAUUUCAUUUGAACAUUUAGUUUAAUUAAUCUCUACAAAGUUGUCAGGUUCAUUAACUUAAUGUUGCAACGAACAGCUUAACUUCUUUUAUACCUUGACGUGAAAGUAUACGCGCAUUAGGUCCCUCAGCCGAGGCUGUCACUCUCUCCAUCACUCUCAUAUUACCUGAAGAGAACGGACUGACUGCGCAACCAUGGGGUAUGGGCGAUCGGAUAGCUAUCGCGUGGCCACCACGCAAGAUAAAGAUGAUAAGGAUUCUCCAAAAAAGAAGAAGGGGACGAAGGAUCUUGAUGAUCUGAAGAAAGAAGUUCCCCUGACAGAACAUAAGAUGUCCGUUGAGGAAGUAUGCCGGAAAUUUCAGACAGACAUUGUUCAGGGUUUAACUAAUGCAAAGGCUAGAGAGUUUCUGGCAAGAGACGGGCCAAAUGCUCUGACCCCACCUCCCACAACACCCGAGUGGGUUAAAUUCUGUCGUCAGCUGUUCGGAGGUUUCUCCAUCCUGCUGUGGAUCGGAGCCAUUCUUUGUUUCCUGGCCUACGCCAUUCAGGCUGCUACCGAAGAUGAGCCAGCUGGAGAUAACUUGUACCUGGGUAUCGUGCUGUCUGCUGUGGUCAUCAUCACUGGCUGCUUCUCCUACUUCCAGGAGGCAAAAAGCUCCAAGAUCAUGGAGUCAUUUAAAAACAUGGUGCCCCAGCAAGCAUUAGUAAUCCGUGAAGGAGAGAAGAUGCAGAUUAACGCUGAGGACGUGGUAGCAGGCGACCUGGUAGAGGUCAAAGGUGGAGACCGAAUCCCAGCUGACCUUAGAAUCGUCUCUGCUCAUGGCUGCAAGGUGGAUAACUCCUCCCUCACCGGCGAAUCAGAACCUCAGACAAGAUCACCUGACUGCACUCAUGACAAUCCUCUGGAAACCCGUAACAUCGCUUUCUUCUCCACUAACUGUGUGGAAGGCACUGCUCGUGGUAUUGUGGUCUGCACUGGCGAUCGCACCGUGAUGGGCCGCAUUGCCACGCUGACCUCAGGACUGGAGACAGGGAAAACCCCCAUCGCCAAGGAGAUCGAGCACUUUAUUCACAUCAUCACAGGCGUGGCUGUCUUCCUAGGAGUGUCUUUCUUCAUUCUGUCCAUCAUUUUGGGAUACUCCUGGCUGGAGGCCGUCAUUUUCCUCAUCGGAAUCAUUGUCGCUAAUGUGCCUGAGGGUCUGCUGGCUACUGUCACUGUGUGUCUCACUCUGACGGCAAAGCGUAUGGCUCGGAAGAAUUGCCUGGUUAAGAAUCUCGAAGCUGUAGAGACACUAGGAUCCACCUCAACUAUCUGCUCAGACAAGACUGGAACUCUGACCCAGAAUCGAAUGACCGUCGCACAUAUGUGGUUCGACAACCAGAUCCAUGAAGCUGACACCACUGAAGAUCAGUCUGGUGCAUCAUUUGAUAAGAGCUCAUUGACGUGGGUGUCUCUGGCCCGUGUGGCGGCUCUGUGUAACAGGGCUGUGUUUAAGGCAGCACAAGACUCUCUGCCCAUCCUAAAGAGGGACGUUGCGGGUGAUGCUUCUGAGUCGGCCCUGCUCAAGUGUAUCGAGCUGUCCUGUGGCUCAGUCAAGAUGAUGAGAGAGAAGAACAAGAAAGUAGCUGAAAUCCCAUUCAACUCUACCAACAAAUACCAGCUGUCCGUCCAUGAGACAGAAGACCCCAACGAUAACCGCUACCUGUUGGUGAUGAAGGGGGCACCAGAGCGCAUCCUAGAUCGUUGUUCCACCAUAAUGCUGCAGGGUAAGGAGCAGCCCAUGGAUGAGGAGAUGAAGGAGUCCUUCCAGAAUGCCUACCUGGAGCUUGGAGGACUUGGGGAGCGAGUGCUGGGAUUCUGCCACCUCUUACUGCCUGAGGACCAGUACCCUAAAGGCUUUGCGUUUGACACAGAAGAUGUGAAUUUCACGACAGACAACCUUUGCUUUGUGGGACUGAUGUCAAUGAUCGACCCGCCCCGUGCUGCCGUGCCUGACGCUGUGGGAAAGUGCCGUUCUGCUGGAAUCAAGGUCAUCAUGGUGACAGGAGAUCACCCCAUCACUGCCAAGGCCAUCGCCAAGGGUGUGGGCAUCAUCUCAGAGGGCAACGAGACUGUGGAAGACAUCGCUGCCCGCCUCAACAUCCCCAUCAGUCAGGUCAAUCCCAGGGAUGCCAAGGCUUGUGUGAUUCAUGGAACGGAUCUGAAGGACUAUUCUCAGGAGCAAAUAGACGAAGUUCUGCGGAACCACACUGAGAUUGUGUUUGCCAGGACGUCUCCUCAGCAAAAACUCAUUAUUGUAGAGGGUUGCCAGCGACAGGGAGCCAUUGUGGCUGUAACAGGUGAUGGUGUGAACGAUUCUCCGGCCCUGAAGAAGGCUGAUAUCGGUGUCGCUAUGGGCAUUUCAGGGUCUGAUGUGUCUAAACAGGCUGCUGACAUGAUUCUGCUGGAUGACAACUUUGCCUCCAUUGUUACUGGAGUAGAAGAAGGCCGACUUAUCUUUGAUAAUUUGAAGAAGUCCAUUGCAUACACCCUGACCAGCAACAUCCCUGAGAUCACUCCCUUCCUGUUCUUCAUUAUCGUCAAUAUCCCUCUGCCCCUGGGCACCAUCACCAUCCUCUGCAUCGACCUGGGGACUGACAUGGUUCCUGCUAUUUCCCUAGCUUAUGAAGCUGCGGAGAGUGACAUCAUGAAGAGGCAGCCCAGGAACCCUCUGAGAGACAAACUUGUGAACGAGCGUCUCAUCAGCAUUGCAUACGGACAAAUUGGUAUGAUCCAGGCUUUGGGUGGUUUCUUCAGCUACUUUGUGAUUUUGGCUGAGAAUGGCUUCCUGCCUUCACUGCUCGUGGGUAUCAGACUCAACUGGGAUGAUCGUUCGAUGAACGACCUGGAGGACAGUUACGGACAGCAGUGGACGUACGAGCAGAGGAAGAUUGUUGAGUUCACAUGUCACACAGCGUUCUUUGUCAGUAUUGUGGUUGUACAAUGGGCUGAUGUCAUCAUCUGCAAGACCAGACGCAACUCAGUAUUCCAGCAGGGCAUGAAGAAUAAGAUUCUGAUCUUUGGGCUGUUUGAAGAAACAGCUCUUGCUGCAUUCCUCUCAUACUGCCCGGGCAUGGAUGUGGCCCUCAGGAUGUACCCGCUCAAGUGA